AUGCGUCAUUUUCUAAGGACCACCCUUGUCGAUCGAUCGGCUGAAGAGCGCAAUCUUAUUCUAGAGCCAAUUUUAGAGUUAAAUCCAUGCCAUGACUUGGUUAUCCAUUUACAUAAAGUUAUUGCAAAGAGUCCCUCCAGAGAUCCCGGUGCUUCUAAUGAAAUUGCUGUGGCGGAGAGCCUUUUGGAACAUCUAUUAGAAAAUGGAUUGGCUCAAGCUGGACUCCUAGAUGAUCUUCGGAAUCUAUCUUCAAAAUCAAUUAACAUCAUUACUCAAAUGGUUAGGUUGCUAAAUCAAGAAAAAAUUUGUACAUCUUAA